CCAGACGGCCUUAGCUCUGGCCAUCGCUCAGGAGCUGGGCAGUAAGGUUCCCUUCUGCCCCAUGGUGGGCAGUGAGGUCUACUCGACUGAGAUCAAGAAGACCGAGGUGCUGAUGGAGAACUUCCGCCGGGCCAUUGGGCUGAGAAUAAAGGAGACCAAGGAGGUUUAUGAAGGGGAGGUGACAGAGCUGACCCCGUGUGAGACAGAGAACCCAAUGGGGGGCUACGGCAAAACCAUCAGCCACGUGGUCAUAGGACUGAAGACAGCCAAAGGCACCAAGCAGCUGAAGCUGGACCCCAGUAUUUUUGAAAGCCUGCAGAAAGAGCGAGUGGAAGCUGGAGAUGUGAUUUACAUUGAGGCCAACAGCGGGGCUGUGAAGAGGCAGGGCAGGUGCGACACCUAUGCCACUGAGUUUGACCUCGAAGCUGAAGAGUAUGUCCCCUUGCCAAAGGGCGACGUGCACAAGAAGAAGGAGAUCAUCCAGGAUGUGACCCUGCAUGACCUGGAUGUGGCCAACGCCCGGCCCCAGGGAGGACAAGACAUCCUGUCCAUGAUGGGCCAGCUAAUGAAGCCAAAGAAGACAGAAAUCACAGACAAGCUCCGAGGGGAGAUCAACAAGGUGGUGAACAAGUACAUCGACCAGGGCAUCGCCGAGCUGGUCCCAGGGGUGCUGUUCGUGGACGAGGUCCACAUGCUGGACAUCGAGUGCUUCACCUACCUGCACCGUGCCCUGGAAUCCUCCAUCGCGCCCAUCGUCAUCUUCGCCUCCAACCGCGGCAACUGCGUCAUCAGGGGCACCGAGGACAUUACCUCUCCUCAUGGCAUCCCCCUGGACCUUCUGGACCGAGUGAUGAUCAUCCGCACCAUGCUGUACACACCCCAGGAGAUGAAGCAGAUCAUUAAGAUCCGCGCACAGACAGAGGGCAUCAACAUCAGCGAGGAGGCCCUGAACCACCUGGGGGAGAUUGGCACCAAGACCACACUGAGGUACUCCGUGCAGCUGUUGACUCCGGCCAACUUGCUGGCGAAGAUCAACGGGAAGGACAGCAUUGAGAAGGAGCACGUGGAGGAGAUCAGCGAGCUCUUCUACGAUGCCAAGUCCUCCGCCAAGAUCCUGGCCGACCAGCAGGAUAAGUACAUGAAGUGACCGUGCCCUGACUGGCCCGGGCGUGGGCUGCCAGCUGGCCGGGCCUGCUGUACACAGCCCCGGGUGAAAGCCUUCUUGCUCAGCCACAGAGCUUCUGUGGCUGCUUUGAAGGCACCCUUCUCACCUGGCGUGCAGCCCUCUUUGGACUUUGGUGAUGCGUGGUGAGGAGCUGGUACCACAGUCUCUUUAAAAGAGGAAAUAAACUUCAGGACUGUUGUAAGUUCA